AUGCCCGCUGCUCCGCACAGGAUUGCUGCGGCCCCCGUCAGUGCCAGCUCAGACCUGGAGGGGUUCAAAGCUUACGCAGUUUUCCAGGAGAUCCAGAAGAAACUGGAGGAGGAGGGGGAGCAGUUUGUGAAGAAGAUCGGAGGAGUGUUUGCCUUCAGAGUGCGGGACGGUCCAGAGGCACGAGAGGCGACGUGGUACGUGGACGUGAAGAACGGCAAAGGCAAAGUACACAACAACACGGCGGAGAAAGCCGACUGCACCAUCACCAUGUCUGACUCCGACCUGCUGAGUCUGCUCACGGGGAAGAUGAACCCACAGACGGCCUUCUUCCAGGGAAAGCUGAAGAUCACUGGGAACAUGGGGAUGGCCAUGAAGCUCCAGAGCCUCCAGCUGCAGCCGGGACGUGCCAAGCUGACUGUUCCUUUCUCUUCUGCUUUCUGCAAACAUGAAGUGUAG